CGAGAGUUAACUCCCUUGAACCAUGUAUUUGCUGGCUUCGUACAAGAGUUGGUUAUGGAUGACAACGUCGAGACAGAAUCUUUCUUGGACGAUCUUUAUGAUUUUGCAAAUGAAGAACCUGUUAUUAAUACCAAACGUCAGACAUGUAGCCGGUGUUGCCGUCCUGUGACAGUCUGCUGGUGCCCGUAUCUCCCACGAGAACCAAUUCAACUUUCUACCACAGUUUAUAUUCUUCAACAUCCAUUUGAGGAUAACCAAUGUCUGCGUACAGUUCCUAUGUUGUAUCACAGCCUUCCACCUGGAAAAUGCCAUAUUAUUCGUGGUAAAAGGUUCUCACCUGAAAAAUACCCAGAAUUGGCAGCUUUAAUGAAGGAUCCUAAUACUAUACUACUCUACCCUGGAUCUGAUGCCAUUGAUAUAAUGGAUCUUCCUAGUUGUCAAGGAACGGGAUAUAAUCUGGUGCUGCUGGAUGGUACCUGGUCACAGGCUCGUGGUCUUUUUCAUCAGAAUCUUAUGAUGAAGUGGCCACAAAAGGUCCAGAUUAAAAGUGGGAUGAUUAGCAAAUAUGUCAUUCGAACUCAACCAACUGAUGUGUGUCUAUCGACUCUAGAGUCUGCUGCUGUUGCGUUAUCUUACCUUGAAAAGAAACCAUAUCUUGUUGAAACUCUUACAAAACCAUUGGAAGCUUUAUGCCAGUUCCAGUUGAAUCAUGGUGCUCAGAAACAUCAGAGUAAAGAAUAUCUGAUUAAAAAUGGACUUUAUAGAAAAAAAAUUAAAUCUUCUUGGUUGAAAAAACUUAAUGUCAGCUGAGAAUUGCCUUAGUUGUUUUCAGUUCUUAAAGUUCCUGUCUUGAUGAUUUGGGUUUUAAUAUAUUUAUUUUCAAACUGAACAUCUUUCAAAUAAGAAAGAAACCAAUUUUAUUUUUGAGAAUAUAGUUUAUUUUUAUCAGUUUAUUUAAGUACUAUUAUAAGUUUUAUUUUUGAAUUGUUGCUGGAGUUCUCUAUAAAUUCUUUUGUUUGUUAUCUGUAAAGUCAGAAUUUUAUGAAAAAAAACUUGGAACAGUUUUACAUUACAGCAUCAAUUCUGUGUGAAGAUUUCAUGGUUCUAAUUGUUGAUAAAUAAAUAAUUUAAAAA